AUGGCAUUGAAGAAUUUGAUCUUGCUUAUUUCCUGCUUAUUAAUCUUCGAACUAAGGGCAGUUUAAUACAAAGACUUACCAGAUGUACAAGCUAAAGGGAUUAAAGCCUGGUUUGAACUAGCAAAUUUGACCAAUCACAUUCCCUUUUCUUACGAAAUGUUCCCUAAAAGAUCUGAUGACGUGAUGGCUUAACUAAAGAUUUUUGAAAGUAUUAAAAGCUACAUUGCAGCAACAGGUGUGGCUUCAGUAUUCCCAGAAUAAGUAGACGACAGAACUUAGUUCUAUAGUAUGAACAACGUGGAUAAGACGGUUUUCAUAUUAAGAGACUAUCAAAAUGUGAUUAAAAGUAUCCUAGGUUAAUAAAAUCAAUAAUGCUCUGAUAAUUUUAGCCAAUCGUCCUCGCUAAUCAUCAACUAGUUCAGAUCACUCUACAAAUAUACUAGAGCUAAAAAGGGAAUUGAUUCGGGGGUCGAUGUUUUAACCUUGGCUUCAAAUGUGACCUAGCCUUGUGACAAUAGAGCUUGUGAACAAGCACUAAUUUAGCUGGUUAAUGGCAUGAUUGGAAGCACAAGUGAUAAUACUCCUUGCGACCUGAUGUUCUCUUUGAAUAAUUACUAAUAAAAUGGUGUCAGCAUCUUAGGAUACAGAGAUUUGAUAACCUCCAGUAAUGCUUAUCUUAUUACAUUGAUGUCAAUGGCAAUAUCAGUUCAAAGUGCAUAUAGAAUCAUCAAGUCAUCAGACCCAAGUCAAUGGUAGAUAGUUUAGAACUAGUAUGGCUAGUAAUUCGAUACUGCUCUUCAAAGAGUUAAGUAAAUUGACAAGCAAGUGUAAGCUAACUACCUUGAAAAUGCAAAAUUAGUAGUCAAUGCCUUGUUAAUUGCAUAGAAUAAUUUAUCAAGAGAUGAUAUGUUUUAACAGAUCAUUUCAAAUUUGACCACAUAUUACCAGGACUACUAGUGGAUUGUAAAGUCUUUAGAUAAUAAUGAUAUGACUGAAAAAGGCUCAGGCAAUUAUUAUGACUGUAAAUCCUGCUUUAUUAUAAACGAUGCCUUCAGAAGCUAGUAUGUUUUUGUGGCAGCUACUUCAGGAGAUGCUCAAAGCAAUUAAGACUAUCUUAAUCAACUUGACUGGGUAAAUAUAGUUGGCUCAAUGAAUUCGAUUGUUGCUGCUGUAAAUCUAUACAAUGGAUACUGCCUUAACGGAGUGCAUGCAGCUGAUAAAAAAGCUAAUAAUUCUUUUUACUCCUAGUUCCCUGGCUAUAUUACCAUUCAGACAACCUUAACUAUUGUUCACAUUUGGUCUGUUAAAUAAGAGUGCUUAAGUCAAAAGUAAUAAGAGUCUAACAUGAGAGAAAUCAUCUAAUGA